GCUAGAGUCCCAGACAGAAAUAAGGGAUACACCUGACCUGCAGUAAGGAAAGCAGAACCCAGUCUCUGGGGUGGUGAGGCCCAUCCAGUGUGGAGCUCAAAGGUGCCACUGUUCUGCUCCUCUUUAUAAAGGGAGCUGCCAUGGUUCUCCCAGCACAGAGUUGGGAGUGACUCCAGAGCCUCCAGAAAGAUGCUACUGAUUCUGCUGUCGGUGGCCCUGCUGGCCCUGAGCUCAGCUCAGAGCUUAAAUGAAGAUGUCAGCCAGGAAGAAUCUCCCUCCGUAAUAUCAGGAAAGCCAGAAGGACCACCCCCACAAGGAGGCAACCAGUCCCAAGGUCCCCCACCUCGUCCAGGAAAGCCAGAAGGACCACCCCCACAAGGAGGCAACCAGUCCCACGGUCCCCCACCUCGUCCAGGAAAGCCAGAAGGACAAACCCCACAAGGAGGAAACCAGUCCCAAGGUCUCCCACCUCAUCCAGGAAAGCCAGAAGGACCACCCCCACAAGGAGGAAACCGGUCCCAGGGUCCCCCACCUCAUCCAGGAAAGCCAGAAGGACCACCCCCACAAGGAGGCAACCAGUCCCAAGGUCCCCCACCUCGUCCAGGAAAGCCAGAAGGACCACCCCCACAAGGAGGCAACCAGUCCCAAGGUCCCCCACCUCAUCCAGGAAAGCCAGAAGGACCACCCCCACAAGGAGGCAACAAACCUCAAGGUCCCCCACCUCGUCCAGGAAAGCCACAAGGACCACCCCCACAAGAAGGUAAUAAACCUCAACGUCCCCCUCCUCCAGGAAGGCCACAAGGACCACCCCCACCAGGAGGCAAUCCCCAGAAGCCUCUGCCACCUCCCGCUGGAAAGCCCCAGGGACCACCUCCACCUCCUCAAGGGGGCAGACCACACAGACCUCCCCAGGGACAGCCUCCCCAGUAAUCAAGGUUCAAU